GCUGAAGAACACAAGAAAGCACAGUGUGAUCGAAGAUUGUGUUGAAAAAAUGGUGGCGACUAAACUAUCCUACGAGGAGAGUCGCCGCAAAAGAUUGGAGGAAAACAAGAAGAGAAUCGAAGCCCUUAAUUUGCACCAGCUUUCUCAAGCCCUACGAAAUUCCCCUUCUCCCAAGCCCUCUCCUAUGAAGCACACCAAAACUCGUUCAGUGGAGAAGCAGAUUGUUGUUGUAAGGAGGUCUGGCCGUGUGGCAAACAUGCCCGCUCCUGUUUACAAAGAAGUGGUUAUUGAUCGCGUGGCAGUACCUAGAAGAGUUUAUGGGACCCGAAGAAAUUUAUCAAACCGCGGACAAGCAUCAGAGGAAGCGAGGGAGGAAGCUUUGGCAAAAGCAGAGAAGUUACUCUCGGAUUUAGAAUCUGAAUAUCCGACAUUCAUAAAGCCAAUGCUUCCGUCGCAUGUGAGCGGGGGGUUUUGGCUGGGUCUUUCAGUCCAGUUCUGCAAGACUAAUCUGCCAAAGCAGGACGAAAUGAUUACUUUGAUAGAUGAAGAUGGGGAUGAGUAUCCCACGGUAUAUUUGGCCCGUAAAAAUGGACUUAGCGGUGGAUGGAAGGGUUUUGCGGUUGCUCAUAACCUAGCUCAUGGGGACGCAUUAGUGUUUCAGCUAAUCAGACCUACGGCAUUCAAGGUGUACAUUAUUAGAGUGAAGAGUCCUACUCCUACAGAGGGCAAUUGGCUGUAAAUGAAUUCCACAUGGAGCUUUUCAAAUCAAUCUAGGUACGAACUAGCUGAUGUGGUUAUAUUUUGUUUUUGGCUCAAAUACUUAUGUACGAGAUCAAGAUUUUGAGUAGAGUCUACCGACUAUAGUAGUUUCGGCUGGUCUGCUACGUGUGAAGACUGAGCUUGUUUUGUAUAUCUCCACUCAGACAAGAGCAUAAAGCAACGUCGUUUAGUUUA